ACAGUUGCAUUUAAUUUUUUGUGGCUCAGACUAGGGGAGCAUAAUCUCUUUGAUGCAUCUUCUGAAAGAAAAUAAGUCUCCUAAAGAAAAGUCAUAGUCUCACCAGAGAGGCUGCCAGACCCCUACCCCCACCCCUGCCACCCUGAGUCAAAGUAGUUCAGUGUUUUCUGUGUGGGAGAAGCAGAAAGUGUGAGUGAAGCAGGAGUAGGACUGUUUUGCAUAACCUUGUGCCUUCACCCACAGAAAAGGGGCUGCCUUCUGCAGCAACAGAGCCUGGAGCUGACGGGCAGCCUGCGCCACCCUGGAUCACCGUCACUCGGCAGCAGCGGCAAGGGGCCCCAGACCAGCCACCCAGCCAGGAAGACAAGCCUGGAGCGCGGACCCCGAAGUCUGAAAUGGGAAAGCAAGCUCAGGCGCCUGAGAGAGCCCAGGAGCCCAUGAAGCAAGCUGACUUUGUCCGCAGCAAGUCUUUCCUGAUAACCCCUGCUAAACCCGCUGUGGAACGGAGGCAGGGGGCAAAGGUCGCCCUCAAGGAGGGGCUGCAAAGAGGCAUCUCAUUGUCCCAUCAGAACUUGGCUCAGUCUGUAGUGAUGAUGGAGAAGGAAUUGCACCAGCUGAAGAGAGCCAGCUAUGCCAGCGUGGAUCAGCCAUCCUGGAUGGAACUUGCCAGAAAGAAAUCUCAAGCUUGGAGUGAUAUGCCCCAAAUUAUAAAAUAGGUCGGCUGUGUGCUGGUAAAGAAUGUCCACUACCUUGACGGGCCACUUGGUUUAAAACUGCCAGUAAAUCAUGGCAAACAAACUGUGAAACUUAAGAUUGAUUUUAUCAUCAGGUUAGGACAAGCUCGGGGAAGAGGCAGGAACCAACAAAACAAAGAGGACAAACACACAGCCAUAAUCCUGGGCCAGAGGGGCCCAAAGACAAGAGCAACAUUUUAAAAGUCCAACAAUGAGUUCCUGUGCCCAGAGGUGUGAAUUCCUUUGAUAGAGAGGCCUCAGACAAGGAAGAAAAGGGAAGUGAACUGAGAACGCAAACAUAGUUCUCCUGCAAGACCGGAGAAGCCGAUUCAGGAGGACAGGUGUCUGCACUCCCACCGGAGACCAGCCACGUCUGCCCCGCUGUCUUGCCUGUGGAUCCCGUCUUUUAUGUUUACCACCAGGCAUGGCGUUUAUGGUAAACCAGGGGUGCCGUUUCCAAGAGCAGCUAUAGAACAAUCUGUUUUCCUGAAGGUAGCCACUCUGAGGAGGAAGGAAUAUAAUGGCUGUUUCCAAAAAUAAUUUUUAAACUUUUCAAGUAGGCAUCCGUGUCCUUAACCAUUGCACAGUGAAUUGCCUGUUUAAUAAAAGGUUUCAAACAUG